AUGCAACCUCAUUUGUGUCCUUCAGAGAUGAAGUUUAUUUGUUUGACCUUCUUGAUUAUUUAUGGAAUUACAGAUUCAAGAUCAGAGCAGUAUGAAGUAGUGGGGUCUGUGGAUCCUGUUUUUGCCAUAGCUGGUGAAGAUGUGAUUCUGCCCUGUUCAGUCAAACCCAGCAUCAGUGUUGAGGACAUGAGAGUGGAGUGGUUUAGAUCUGACCUGAAAGACUCACAACUAGUGCAUCUCUAUGAGGAUCAUGAAGACGGCAAUGCAGAGCAGAUUGAGUCCUACAGAGGGAGAACAGAACUGACUCAUCAAGAACUAGAGAGAGGAAACGCAUCACUCAGACUCUCAUCAGUCCGAGUCUCUGAUGAAGGACGUUACAAGUGCUUUAUUCAGUCCAAAUCCUGGUAUGAUGACGUUACUGUUGAUGUCAGUGUUGAAGCGGAUGGUAGCCCACCGGUGAUCACUGUAGAUGGUUUUGAUUCAGGAGGACUUCAUCUGCAGUGUGACUCUGAAGGCUGGUAUCCUGAACCUGUUCUUGAGUGGCUGAAGAGAAGAAGUCAGUUUGAAGUUCAGACACUACAGAGACACAGAAACACAGAUGGAUUCAGUGUAAACACACCAUCACUGUAUAUGAGGAAACUGACAGGUCACUGCAGGAUCAGACUGAAGCAUCUCAUGCUGGAGACACAGAUUAUCACCUCAGUAUAUUUGCAUUUUGCUGUACAAUUUUAUGACAUUUUAUGA